AUGGCUUGUAUAUGCCCCAUUGAAAAUGGUACUGAGGCAAUUGAGAUUUUUAGAAAGUAUACCCAUAAUUGUUUUUAUGAUGGUCUUGAUGUUACUUCAUAUAUAUUUGGAUUAAUUAAUAUUUGCUUUUGGAUGUGUGCUCAAUUCCCACAACUAUAUAAAACCUUUAAAACCAAAAAACCUGAAUCAUUAUCAAUAACCUUUCUUGUAAUGUGGUUAGGGGGUGAUAUAACAAAUUUAUUAGGUUGUAUUUUUACAGACCAAACACAAGUACAAUUAUUAACAUCUAUUUAUUUUGUUUUAAUUGACAUCAUUAUGCUGUCUCAAUAUGCAUGGUAUUUAUUAAUAUGUAGGAAGAAAUAUAAUAAAGGGGAUUAUCAAAUACUUAGUUCUGACUCGUCAAUUACAACUCCUCCAGAUAACAUUUCUGAUAAUGCAAUAGUUGAUGAAGAAGAUUUCAAUGGUUAUAGUCAAGUUAGUAAUAGUAGAUUUAUUAUUGUGUUAAUGACACUUUUAUAUGUUUUUGCACAAGAAUAUUUUAUGAGUAGUUCAGAAGAAUCAAAUGAUCUUCCUUAUUGUGGAGAAAAGGAUUAUUCUCUCUUAGAACGGAUAAUAGGGGAUGUCUCUGCAUGGAUUUCUGGAUUAUUAUAUUUCUUUGGAAGAAUUCCACAGAUAAUUCAUAUUUAUAGAACCAAGAAUGUUGAUGGAUUAUCUAUUUUGUUAUUUAUAAUGGCAACGAUAGCUAAUAUUUUUUAUUCAUUAUCUCUUUUUAUUUCUGGUAUUGACCUUACUGAUCCAACAUUUUAUGAAGCAAAAUUAGCAUAUAUUAUUGGUUCAUUUUUUGUUAUUCCAAUGUCUUUAGUUGUUAUAACCCAGUAUUAUUAUUAUAGAUAUAUUAAAGAUUGGUGGAUACAUAGAAAAGAUGAAAAACAACCAUUGUUAACUGGGGUAGAUCAGUAG